AAUUCAGUACUUAUCAGUCAUUGACGGUAGAAGCAAGUUACCGCAAGUUAUUUCAAAAUCAUCAAUUUUUUUGGCAAUUUUUGACAGCUUAAAGCUAUUCAUUCUACAAGAAUAGGCACAACACGAAGUGCUAACGAGAGUUCAUCAAAAAGAGGAAUGAACACUAAAGUUGAUGGAUAAUUAUAUUCUUAAAUAAAUUGGUUGAAAAGUUUGAAAAUGCCGUCAACCCUUGGAUUAGUUGAGAAGGACAGAUCUUCAUAUUCACAGAUUCUGGCAGUUUUGGGUAUUGCCUUCGGACCGUUCUCUGUGGGUCUGUGUAAAGGAUAUACCUCCCCUGCUCUUGCAUCAUUACAAUCUCCCCAACCUAACACAUCCCAGACCUUUGUAAUCUCGGAGCAAGAGGGAUCCUGGAUUGCUAGUUUAUCCCUCCUUGGAGCUCUCUUCGGAGGGUUAUUAUCCAGUCAGGUGUUGAAGGGUGGACGGAGGGCUUGUCUCCUCGUGGUAGCGCUUCCCUUCUCCGCCUCCUGGUGCCUAACCGUAUUCGCUACCUCGGUCCAGAUGAUAUACAGCACCGCCUUCCUGGCGGGUAUAUGCUCCGCCAUAGUAAAUAUAAUAUCUCAGGUUUAUAUCAGUGAGAUAGCUAAACCUGAACUAAGAGGGCGCCUGUCUGCUUGUCUAAAGAUAUUUGCACAUCUAGGUAUGCUUGCCAGCUUCCUGAUGGGCGCCUGGUUAGAUUGGCGCCAGCUGGCACUUGUAUGCGCCUCGGCGCCACUCAUGCUCAUAGUGACGAUGCAGUACACCCCGGAGACUCCCAGCUACCUCGUCUACUCAGGACAGAUAGCCAGGGCGGAGAGAUCCCUUCAGUGGUUGAAAGGAGAAAUGGCGGAUGUUUCCACAGAGUUGGGAAUCCUUCAACUGAACAUACGGCGGAUGAAAGAGCAAGGAAGCGGAUGUAAAUCCGUCCUGGUUCCUCAGUUAGUGAAACCAGUUCUCCUAACAUCCGUCCUUAUGUUCUUCAAUAGGUUCUCUGGAGCCAUGGCGUUCAACUUCUACGCAGUGACAAUAUUUAGCCAAGUAUUCGGAGAUCUAAACCCUCAUCUAGUUGCUGUAAUCACAGCAACGGUUCAACUCAUUGCCUCAAUGUUCUCCGGAAUCCUGGCGGAUAAAAUGGGAAGAAAACCUUUACUCAUCUCCUCUGGUCUAAUCAUGACCUUGAGUUUGACCGGGUUCGGACUAUACACAUACCUGUGUGAGAUGGAACCGUCUGGAAGGUUAGAUUGGUUACCUCUCCUUCUUAUCCUACUGUUUGAGUGUGCUUGCAAUGUCGGGAUCCAACCUAUAUCCUGGCUCCUGGUCGGAGAACUAUUCCCCCUGGAGUACAGAGCGGCGGGAAGCUCCCUCACUACCUCUAUCAGCUAUGCCUUUGCCUUCAUGGGUGUAAAAACCUUCGUAGAUCUAAACUCCGUCCUAGGAUUGUACGGAACCUUCUGGAGCUACGCCGGGAUAUGUUUCCUAGGAUGCAUCUUCUCCGGAAUAUUCAUCCCAGAGACACGACAGAAACCUCUCCAUGAGAUGGAGAUAAGGACGGAGAGGCUGUCAGACUCCGAGGCUUGAAGAUCCGACCUAAUCUAACUCUAACUGUGAUACCAGAGUAUUAAAAAUGCCCAGUGCUCAGAUUUAUAGACUAACUGAAAGCUAGAAUACUUGUAGGCAAAAAAAACAAUAAGAAUGUUUGUUUUUGUCCCAAACAGAUGUACCUGCACCCUGCAACCUGCAACCUGCUGAAGCUACAGGAUCAGAAAAUCUAGAGUUCUUAAAAAAGAGGCAAGAUGUUUCUGCCAGACGAAUAUCUAAUAAAAUAAUAAAGGAUAAAGAACGGAAGAAGAUCAGAUCUUCGUUAAAUUAUAAAAUCAAAUAAACGCGGCUUAAAUGUAUACUGUAUCAUUGUAUGUAUCUAUGUAUAAUGCCAGGAUUCCUGAGACAAAACUCUAAUCUGCAUACUUCAGUAUUCUAAACACUCCUAAAUAUAUUUAUAGAAACAAAAUA